UAUAACCGGCUCAGAACUCUACUCGUGGAACUGCGGAAGAAUCGGAAAAAUCAUAAUAACAAGUUUUCUCACUCCGAAAGUAUAAACUAAAAAAUAAACAUAAGUAACUGAAAAAACUGUCAUAAAAAAGAAGCAUUCAAAGGAAAAACCCUUUAUAUAAUCUUUUUUGAUAUUCACUCAGUGCUUCACGGAAAAUCCACUAUUUUCCGAUAUAACCUCAAAUAUCUCAUUUUGCAUGUGCCCCUAGACAUGUCUUUAUAUUCAAUAUAAUUAUCAAGAAUUAUAAUUUAAUGACUCAUAAACGAUGAGGUCACGAUAAUGAAUGAAUAUUAUAAUGUCGUUAAGAAUUUUACAGACGUGGUACACUCGCAAAGAAUUCCUAACCUCAACCCUCUUCACAUCGACCAAAUUAAUCCAAACCCUGAAACUCAAAUCUACCCAACCGGCCUAUAUUUACAAUAUGAACGAAGCAUACCUCCGUUUUGAUAAAGGCCAGGAAAACUUUGAAUUCACAUUCAGGUAUGUCAACCCAGAGUGCAAGAUCGAUCGGCAAUUCAAUUUCAACAGAAAAUCGGCGGAACCUGUCUCCGUUUUUUUGAAAAGAGUCGACAACAAUGUCACUAAAGUCGUUGAGAAGAAAAAAUCCAAGUUGAAGAGAAAACAAAAGGCGAAAGGAGUCACAAGUGAAGAACCAGAGGAAGAAAAAGAGCCAGAAAAUAGUGGAGAUGCAGUGAUAAAAGUGGCUCUUCUGGAAAACGAAUCAGUGGUCGAAAACCAUCUUCCCUGUGGCAGUGUUUUUGAAAAUGUCUUGGACCUAACCUUACUUUUAAUCGGAGAGAAAUAUUCCAUCAGAAAAAAUGUGCCAUGGGUUGAAGAGAUAAGUUUACCGAAAAGUAUUCUCGUGGGUUUUCCAACUUAUCCGUCAAAAUUUUCCUCCAUUUACACGAAUUUAAAGGACUCAAAAUUUAUUUGGUACAAGAAUUUGAUAUCGGAUAGUCCUCGCAAACAACCGAAAUGGGUGGAAAUUGGAAACGGAUAUUUUUAUGUGCCCAGUGCAGAGGAUUUAGGUUGCCAGCUGAAGUUGAGUUGUAUUCCUGGAAAUGAAAAUCAGACGGGGCCUUUGAUUGAGGUUGAAUCGCAGAAUUUAGUCGAGGCGGGACCAGGUCGCUGUCCUUUUGAAACUCGACAUGCAUUUACGAAAGACAAAUUAUCAGGCGACAGUUUUAGAGUAAUGUCUUAUAAUUUACUUGCCGACACGUACGCAGAUUCCGAUUACUCCAGAGAUGUUUUAUACCGAUAUUGUCCAGCUUACGCUUUACAUAUUGAUUAUCGAAAGCAACUUAUUCUCAAAGAAAUAAUAGGAUUCAAUUCAGAUAUUAUUUGCUUACAAGAGGUGGAUAAUAAAGUUUAUAAUGCCGAUUUGUAUCCAACUUUGUCAGUUUUAAAUUACGACGGUGUCUACAAUCGUAAAGGUGCUGAAGUUGUCGAAGGGCUUUCUACUUUCUUUAAUAAAGAGAGGUACGAAAAGCUGAAUUUUGAAUCGACGAUUAUUAGUGAAAACUUAGAACUUGAAAAGUUCAAGCCAGUUUGGGAGAGAAUCCAGAACGAAAAAACGAAAACGAGGUUCAUGGAGAGGAACACUGCUGUUCAGGCAACAACUUUAAAAUCGAAGGACAAUCCAUCGGAAAUUCUUGUAGUCGGAAAUACACAUUUGUACUUUCACCCGAAUGCAGAUCACAUUCGUUUAUUGCAAGGUUUUUAUGUAGUAACGUAUAUCUCGGAUGUCGCCAGAAGAACAAAAGAGGAGCAUCCAGACUGUAACGUAAGCAUAAUUUUGUGCGGCGAUUUCAACAGUGUGCCAGAAUGUGGCAUUUAUCGACUGAUGACGAGCAAAUUCGUCCCUGAUGAUUUCAUCGACUGGAAUAGCUUUCCCGAGGAGGCAGUGACUGGCGUUUCUCUCUCGCAAGAUAUAACAUUUGCGAGUGCAUGUGGCACUCCCGAAUAUACCAAUUAUACCGCCGAUUUUUCCGGGUGUUUAGAUUAUAUUUAUUAUGAAAGGGAUCAACUUGAAGUGCGCCAAGUUAUUCCCAUGCCUACUACAGAGGAACUUGCCUUAUAUGAAGCAAUUCCUUCCGUUGUCUUUCCAAGCGAUCAUCUUUCUUUAUGCGCCGAUUUGAAAUGGAAGAAACGUUAAUUUUCUACAUUUUUUUUGUCAAAUCUGUGUAUGAAAGGGGGAGGUUCGGUAAGGCCGGUUUUUGGCCUAAUUUAUUUUUGGACCAAAAA